GUGCAGAAAGAUGUUUUGAGUAUAUUUUACCUUCUAGCCGCGCAAUCAAUGCUUUUCUUUCCAAGCAAGCAGCGUGUGUCUAAAUGGACGAGUUGGGCUGGGUGCUGAUGAACCACGAUUUGAUAACACGUAAUGAGCCAAUCCAACAGCAUGCCAAUGGUAAUCGACCAAAUCAUUUAAAAUUCAACAUGGAGCGGUUGCGAAACCUACUGGAGCAGCACGAACAGAACAAUCACGCUGAGUUGACUUCCAAAAAGCAAAAUUUCCUGCGUAUGCUGGAUGCAAUUUUAAAAAACGACAAAGUUUUGAAGAAAAUUAAAGGGAUGGUAGUGGCGAAUCGACUUCUAUCCGAAAUUCGUUAUGUGACUACGGUGGAACGUAUGCUGAAACACAAUUUGGACCCCUCUUUGCGCUGCUGCUUUGUAUGAGUAUUUCCGCACUGCCGAUGAGUAUACCAGUCAUUUCGAAACAUAGCACGGUGAAAAAAAUUCUUAUUGGGCCUGAUCACGAACGUCACUUCACGGUGAAAACGAAGUUAAUUGUAUACAACCUUAUUACGGCUGCCACCGUGUGUGUAAAAUCCAGAAGAGUUCAUCCAUCGUGACAACUUUGAUGAACUCGGUGUUAUUAUGAAUAUCACGAUAUUGUCAUGUCACGGAGAAAAACCGGUAUAUUUGUCACUUGUGUUUUAGAUGGUGAAAGCUAGUCACGCGG